AUGGUGGAAGAGGUCGUUCAGCAUAAGGCCGUGCCUACGAAAGUGAAGGGGCCAUCAUUACCCCCACCAGAUGAAGACCUCAUGGUUUUGACAAAGAAGCUUAUCGAAAUUCGCAAUCUGUUGAAGACGGUCGACAAUAAUGCGAAGAUGACGCUUCCGAGUAUCGUUGUUGUCGGUUCACAAAGCUCUGGGAAAAGUUCUGUCUUGGAGGCUAUUGUUGGCCAUGAGUUCCUGCCAAAAGGAUCGAAUAUGGUCACGCGGCGCCCAAUCGAGCUGACCCUCAUCCACACACCGGACAGCAAGGAAGAAUAUGCAGAGUUCCCACAGUUGGGUCUAGGGAAAGUGCCGGACUUCAAAGACGUUCAAAAGACGUUGACCGACUUGAACUUGGCGGUCUCGGACGCGGAAUGCGUGUCGGACAACCCGAUCGAGCUCAAAGUGUUUUCGCCCAACGUCCCAGAUUUGACACUGGUGGAUCUCCCGGGUUACAUCCAGAUCCAUAACCGCAACCAACCUGCGAUACUGAAGGAAAAGAUCGCAGAGCUCUGCGAAAAGUACAUCAGGGAACCAAAUAUCAUCCUGGCGGUAUGCUCCGCCGAUGUGGAUCUGGCAAACUCGGAAGCACUCCGAGCGAGCCGGAAAGUGGAUCCAACCGGCAAGCGGACGAUCGGCGUCGUCACAAAGAUGGAUCUGGUCGACGAGAACACGGGUGUGGGCAUUCUCACCAACCGGGACUACCCACUCCAACUGGGGUACAUCGGCGUUGUCUGUAAAAAGUCGGGCAAUGACGUGGAUACCCGAGCCCUUAUUCGGUCAGAGGACUCGUUCUUUGGCUCGAACCCUGCCUAUCGGUCGAACAAGGUCAUGGUGGGGACAGGAACACUCCGCAGGCGCCUCAUGCAGGUUUUGGAAGACCACAUGGCCAAAUCGCUGACCACGAUCUCGGACGCCGUGCAACACGAACUCGACGAAGCGCGCUACCAAUUCAAAGUUCACUACAACGACCGGCGAAUCAGCGCCGAGAGCUACGUCGCCGAAUCCAUCGACCUCCUCAAACAAAAGUUCAAAGAGUUUGCGGGCCAGUUCGGUAAACCGCAAGUGAGGGAAGAAGUCCGCAUGAUGCUCGAACAGAAGGUGCUCGCCAUCUGCGGCGACAUGUACUGGAGCGACGACCGUAUCGCGAACUUACCGAAAGUUUGCCUCACGGAUCCGUUCUGGCAGGCCCGCCUGGACGUCAUUUCGGGCGCGUUGACGAAAAGCGGGGUGGGGAGGGCAUCCGUCCAACUGGUCGCCGACGUGCUGACGCGCAACAUGGAGCGGCUGACAUCGACGGAGCCGUGGGUGCAUCACCCCGACGGCCGCGCGAAAGUGAUAAAUUUCAGCACGGAGCUGCUGAAAGCCAAAUUCCACACCGCGGUCGAUCAGGUCGAAAACACCAUUAAACCGUACAAGUUUGAGGUGGAAUGUACGCCUGCGGAAUGGGCGGAGGGCCAGAAACGCGCCGUCGAGAUGCUGGAGAGGGAGGUUGUGCAUGCCAAGGAGCAGUUGGAGGCUAUCAAGAAGGCCGUCGGGCAACGGAAGCUGAGGAAUGCGAUGAAGUAUGUGCAGAAAACGGAUCGGGAGGAUGCAGUGAGACGCCAAUCACAACCACCACCGCCAGUUUCCGCACCCGCCGACUCAAAAGCCACCCCCGAACCCACCCCCGACCUCCCCGACGCCCACCCCUUCCCCUCUCCUCUCCUCACCAAAGCCCGCGAAGCCCUCGUCCACCAAUUCCGCAUCUCUCUCCUCCAACAACGCACCUCGGCGGUAAAAUCCCGCCAAUGCGCCUCCCCCGACAACAAACCCUGCUGCCCCGAAGUCUUCCUCUCUGUCGUCGCCGAGAAACUCACCUACACAGCCGUGAUGUUCAUCUGGGUCGAGCUGCUCAACGAGUUCUUCUUCCAAAUCCCGAGAGAGAUUGAUAACAAGCUGUAUUAUGACCUGAGUAGACGCGAGAUUAGGGAGUUUGCGCGGCAGAACCCGGUUGUGAGCAGGCAUUUGGAGGUGCAGGAGAAACGAGCAACGUUGGAGGUUGUUAUGGAGAAGUUGAGGGAGUUGAGGGGGAAGCGGUAG